AUGGAAGAAGAAAUUAGAUGUUUUGUUUGUAAGGAAUUUUACAGGGAACCCGUACUAUUACCUUGCGGGCAUGCAUUGUGUAGAGUAUGUGCAGUAAACUUACAGACCCCUGUUCAUGAAACAGAUAGUACAGCAACAUCUAAUGACUACCAAGAGGCAGACAAAGCUUCAGUUUCUAGCGAAACAGACAGCGGAGUAGUAUGUGGAUCAAGGCCAAAUAGUUACGCAGGAACUCCGGCUGUACCCGCGUACUCUACCGCAGCCUUCACAAUAACAUGUCCAUCAUGCAGUAAAUUAAUGUAUUUGGACGACAAUGGAGCGGAAGGUCUGCCGCCGUUUCGGGUUAUGCGAACUAUUGUGGAACGAUUUGGGGGUGUCUCUGGCUCGCCACCAGCCGAGGAAGCUUGUCAAAUGUGUGAAGGGGAACGUCGUGCAGCUGUAGUUCGAUGCGAACAAUGUUCCGUACGCUACUGUGCUGGAUGCCGUGAUGCCUGGCACCCCAUUAGAGGACCACUAGCACAACAUGAACUGAGAGCUCUGGGCACUACAUGUACUGAUCAUGGAUCACCACCUGUUCUCUAUUGUAAUACAUGUUUAGUCCCAAUUUGCCAACGCUGCCUCACAGAAAGACAUUCCACACAUGAGACUCAAGCAUUGUCCAUAGCUUCCAGAGCUCAUAAGACUGAACUAUCACAAUCACUGCAACAUCUAUCAGAACAAGCCAAAGCCAUGACAGAGUAUAUACAAUUAGUCAAAGGGUCGGGUGACAAAAUUAAUGAAUCAUGUGAGGAAUUGGAAAAACAAAUAGAUCAAGCCUGUACUGAAGUGACCCGUGCCAUAGAUCGCAGACGUGAUGAGUUAAUACGUGCUGCCCGUAACACUAGAAUGCAAGCUAUAACCAAUAUGCGUUCCCUAACCUCACAUGCUGCGCAGAAAUUAAGAGAAGCAACAGCCUUAUUGCAUUUCUCCAUCGAAGCUCUUAAAGAAUCAGAUCAUGCAGCUUUCUUACAGGUGGGUAAUAUACUCUCGGUUCGUGCUCAAGAAACUGCAUCAAGCCUUUGUUCAUCUCUGGAUUCGCCGCCCACAGCUCCUGCGCUAACUCUCGACAUCGAACCUGUCAUACGCACGGUCAGGAGUAUGAAUUUCAUUGAAUGCAUACCACCGGGAGCUCCUGAGAUGGCAGUGGAGGCCUGCGCAGCGCGCGGGUGCUCGUGCACGCUUGCGUGGCGCGCGCCCGCCGCUCCUGCCUCUGUGCGGGGCUACGUGCUCGAACUUGAUGACGGGCUUGGGGGACCGUUCAGGGAGGUGUAUUGUGGCCGUGAAACUGUGUGUACCAUUGAUGGCUUGCACUACGCAUCAUUGUACAGCGCGCGGGUAAAAGCAUUUAAUGGCGCCGGUGAGGGACCCUACAGUGAAGUGAUCGGUCUACAGACAUCUCCUGUGGCAUGGUUUUCCUGGGACGCGCGUUGCGCCGACGCAGAGGGUGGGGUGACUCUGAGCGCGGACGGGCUGAGCGCGUCCGCCGGUGGGUGGCAGCCGCGCGUCGCGCUCGCUGACCAGCCUCUUGCACGGGGCCUCCACUACUGGCGGUUACGUAUCGAUAGGUAUGAUGGAGACGCUGACCCGGCCUUCGGAGUGGCAAGAGCUGACGUUGCCAGGGAUAAGAUGCUCGGCAGCGACGCGCUGGGCUGGGCGAUGUACAUCGACGGCUCGCGCUCGUGGUUCGUGCACGGCGGCGCGCACGGCGGGCGCGCGGGCGGCGGCAUCGCGCGCGGCGCGGCCGUGGGCGUGCUGCUCGACCUCACGCGCGGCACGCUGCGCUUCACCGUCGACGACCGCCCGCAGGGAGACAUAGCCUUCACGGGUCUCCGCGGCGCGUUCUACCCCGCCGUGUCGCUGAACCGCGGCGUGGCCGUGACGCUGCAGACGGGCCUGGCGCCGCCGCCCGACCUACUCAUGUCACAGCUCUCCAUCGAGUGA